AUGUCCACAAACUUACUGAUUGAUCUUCCUUCCGGGCCCUCCGAAUGUUUUCAGUUAUCCUCAGAAUCCUUGAAACUUUUGGGCUUCAACCCCGAGGAUCUGCUCUACAAACACUAUUGCAGCCCAGAAGAUCAAUGUAGAGGUUCAUACCCUUGUUUUAAAAGUGACGUUUUUAACCGUGUCGUGAGUAAAUUGUAUAACGUGAAUUUGGAAAAGUUCUAUCUGCUAAUAAAUGGGAAAUUAAAUAACAAAAAAGAAUAUAAUAAAAAUUUAAAUUUAGAUAACAAUUCAAACCCUAAGGAUUUCAUAAAUGUUACAGUUUUAUAUAAGCUCUUAGGAGGAAAGGGAGGUUUUGGGAAAAUUCUUAAGACUCAAGCUAGCAAGAAAAGGCAGUCAAAUAACCUUGAUUCAUGCCGUAAUUUACAGGGUCAGAGGAUAAGAAAUGUAAGACUUUCGAGCCAAAUGGAUAAAUGGAAAGAGUCAGAAUCAGUUCGCGAGAAACUAGGAAAUGAUAUAUAUAAACUUCCCAAAAAAGAAAAACCAUCUGAAAAUAUUAAAACAACAAAUUUUUGUGAUCCAAAGUAUGUAGAAACAGUUAAGAAGGAAGUUUCUAAGGUCAAGGAGACUGUACUCAGAGGGUUCGACAAGAAACUGGAAAAAGAAUCAGAAAAUUUUAAAUUAUGUGAAGAAUUAGAAUCAAAAAGAUCUACACUAAUUGAUACAUGUUUGGAUGUAUAUGAUCUGUAG